CAGGCAGGUUGCAUGGCUGGCUCGGAUUGACCAUGAAAGCGGUUCGCGAUUCUGCCAGUUUUUUACUUCUUUAUCUCCAUUUAGCUUCUUUCUUUUCUUUUCUCUUUUUUUCUUUUCUUUCUUUUUUAGUUUUCGGAACCCCACCCUGCCUUUGGCGAAGGAGCUUCGUCUCUCUUUCAGGGGGUCAAAGCGGAGAAGACCCCACGGCCCUGUCAACUCCGGACCGGCCAGAACCAAAGGGACAAGCGUCGCCACCGUGGCCAUCGUCAUGAUGGAGAAGCAUAACUCCUCACCGAAGGUGAUCCAACCAGAAGUCGAGCCACCUUAACCCGAGGCAACAAUUUACCAAAGGAAGACAACCAAACAUCAAGACACACGAUGUGCGUGACAUCCGCAGCCCCUGACCCCGAUCCGGCAACCACCAACGUCGGCCUCGGUCAGUGCGCCGGCACAGCAAGGGCCGGCGCCGAGAUUUACACCCACACCCCCCAACACGCCUUCAUCCCCGCCAGCAUCGCCGCCGCCUCCGCCUCGGGCGACGAGACGGCCUCGUUCGACGUGCUGUUCUGUGCGGGCGGCGGCGGCGGCGGCGACUACACGGCGCGCGAGGACGCGCAGCAGCUGCUGCAGGAGUUUGUGGCGGACCCGGAGGGGCGGAGCGUGGCGGUGCGGCGGUUGGGGGGGAGGGGGGGUUGAGGAUUGUGAGGUGAGGGUGAAUGUGGUUGUGGUUGUGGUUGUGGUUGUGUCGGUGGUAUUUGCGUUGGGGACGGG